AAGUAUGGAGACGUUUCCGGGAAAGGUCAAAGGUUGCUUUUAAAAGCAAGCAGUUAUGGCGUAUGGAGCCGGGGUGGUAAGGAAGAAGCAUGGAACGACUGAUGUAUCGUCAAGUUGGAUAUACCUUCGCACUCUUUGGCAAGAGAAGCAUUUGAUCCUGUUCCAACCUCGGUAUACAGCGCUGGUGGCUGCGGCGCUGUGGAUGGCGGAGAUCGGAAUUAACUUGUGGGUCAUUCACAGAGUUGCGUAUACAGAGAUUGACUGGAAGGCUUAUAUGAGUGAGGUGGAGGGCGUAAUCAAUGGGACGUAUGACUAUACAAAGCUGAAGGGAGACACUGGACCCUUAGUAUACCCAGCUGGCUUUGUAUACAUUUUUACUGCACUAUAUUUUGCCACUGAACAUGGGGCAAAUAUUCGUUUUGCUCAGUACCUCUUUGUGGUUUUCUACCUUGUUACUCUGCUCCUGGUGUUUCGCAUCUACCAGCGCACCCAGAAGGUGCCACCAUUUGUGUUUUUCUUCAUGUGCUGCGCCUCCUACCGAAUCCAUUCAAUCUUCAUCCUUAGGCUGUUUAAUGAUCCUGUGGCAAUGAUGCUGCUCUUUGUUGCUGUGAAUUUACUACUUGACAAUCACUGGAUGCUGGCAUGCUGCUUCUACAGUUUAGCAGUGUCGGUUAAAAUGAAUGUCCUUCUCUUUGCACCUGGUCUGCUCUAUUUGCUUCUGUCCCAGUUCGGGCUGUUGAGGAGCAUCCCAAAACUGUGUGUCUGUGCCCUUAUCCAGGUUUUGCUAGGUCUUCCUUUCCUCCUGGAGAACCCAACUGGCUAUCUUAGCCGUUCUUUUGACCUGGGCCGACAGUUUCUGUUCAAGUGGACUGUCAACUGGCGCUUCCUUCCUGAAGAUGUUUUUCUGAACCGCUAUUUUCACGUCAGCCUCUUGGGGGCUCACUUGGUCAUACUGGUGCUCUUUGCUGCAUACUGCUGGACCAGGUCUGGGGACAGGUUAGUCUCCCUGCUCAAGGAUCCUGCAAAGAGAAAACCAGUAAUGCCACCAUUGACUGCAGAUCGAAUCAUACUCAUUCUGUUCACAUCGAACUUCAUUGGUGUCUGCUUUAGCCGGUCACUGCACUACCAGUUCUAUGUUUGGUACUUCCAUACCCUGCCAUAUCUCCUGUGGAGUGGCCAGGUCAAGAAGCUGGCUCACCUGUUAAGGGUACUACUCUUGGGGCUGAUUGAACUCUCCUGGAACACCUACCCUUCAACGAGCUACAGUUCUGCUUCCCUUCAUGUCUGCCACCUGAUUAUCCUGCUGUCCCUUUGGUUCAUUCAGGACCCUGAGCCAGUCCACAGCAAGCGAAAGUAAUGAGAGCAAUGGUUGUAUCUUUGAUUUUCUUUUUUUUUAUUAAGACUGCAAUGAAGUUUGAGAUUUACAUACAA